UGGAAAUUUCUUUUUAAACUUAGAGACAGGAAAUGUGAAAUGUGACUGCCAGGACCUAAAGUGACUCUGUCACUUGGGCCAAAGUUUACCAACUUUUCACUAGAGUAACUCAGAGGCGUGAAAUGGAGGCACUGUCACAAAUGACCUGAAUUUUCAGAAGUUUGGACAUUCGUGGAAAUUGCUGCCUCUGUACAAGCAGGUUUUUGCAGCAUUGACAUUGCUCUUUCUGUCUGGAACAGCUCUGCAGAGCUCCCCCCACCCUCCUUCUUCUUUUCCUUUUUGCUCUCAUGCUUGAUUUUUUCCUGACUCUAAAGCGGGAUGGGUCUGUUGAAAAAGAUCCUGGUUCCUUUUGCAGGAUUAGUCUUGGCCUUCUGGUUUUAUUCAGGAAAGGAAGACUUUAAACCGGAAAUGCUGAAAGGGAAGCGUGUGAUUGUUACUGGGGCAAGCAUGGGGAUCGGUGAGCAGAUGGCAUACCACCUGGCACGCAUGGGUUCCCACAUCCUGAUCACCGCGCGGACAGAAGCCAAGCUUCAGAAAGUGGUCACUCGGUGCUUGGAGCUGGGCGCAGCAUCUGCCAGCUACAUGAAUGGCAGCAUGGAAGACAUGGUAUUUGCUGAAUUGGUGGUGAAGAAAGCAGAGGAAUUAUGGGGAAACCUAGACAUGCUUAUUCUGAACCAUGUAGGCCAGAGCUACUUCAACUAUUUUGACAAAAACAUUGGGCAUGUGAAAAAGCUCCUGGACAUCAAUUUCCUAAGCUAUGUGACCAUGACGGCUGCUGCUCUUCCUAUGCUCAAAAACAGUGGAGGAAGCAUCGUAGUGGUGUCAUCCCUGGCAGGCAAAAUUGGCUUCCCUUUCGUUACUGCCUAUUCUGCAACUAAGUUUGCCCUGGAUGGAUUUUUCAGCUCCCUGAGGCAGGAAUUUGCAAUGCAGAACACCAACAUUUCCAUCACACUCUGCAUCCUUGGACUCAUCAACACAGAAACUGCCAUGAAGGCAAUUUCCGGCGUAAUGACAUCUCCGGCAGCCCCAAAGGAGGAAUGUGCUCUAGAAAUUAUUAAAGGGGCGGCCCUGCGCCAACGGGAAGUUUAUUAUGAGUAUACAUCUGCAAGGAUCCCUCUGUUCAUCCGAGAAUGGGCUCCAGAUCUCCUGGAUUAUCUCAUCAGGUCGCAGUAUAAUGUGGAAAAACUAAAAGAUUAAAUGCAGUU